UCUACGUGAAAUCCUUUUCACAGUCAACUCUUGUCUAUCAAAAGAGAGCUUCUGCAUCCAUCAUCCAUCACUGGCAUCACUACUCUUCAUUUGUGUGUUGCUCAUAAUGCUCCUGUCUCAACAGUUGAUUGUUCUCUUGCUGAUCACCUUUACACAUGGCGAUGACUGUCCCAUUUUUUUCAACCCACCUGAAUUGGUUGUUGAAUAUGGAGCUUCAGCAUCUGUGAACUGCUCCACCAGCAUCACAGUCGAGGUCAUAGGCUGGAAUAUAUCAGAAGGAGCAGUGCAGGUUUCUGAAGACUUGGUUUCCUGGAGCGUGAAUGAGUUAUGGAACUGGGAGUUAGAGCAAACUUGUUACAUCUCCUCUAAUAAAACACAGUGUUCACAGAAUCUCAUGGUUACUCUUUACAAGACUCCAGACAGUGUGUCCCUCAGCACAGUGGAUCACACAGGAUCAAUGAUUGAGGGUGAACAUUAUAAGCUCCAGUGUGACAUUCAGGAUGUGGCUCCUGUUAAAAGUCUAAGGGUGAAAUGGUUCAAAGGAGAGACUCUGUUGAAUCUCACCACCUUCAAUGACACCACCAAGACUCCAGUGAAUGAAUCUGCAACACUCUUGAUCACUGCAAACAAAGCGGAUGAUGGAGUUCAGUACAGGUGUGAAGCAGAACUGGAACUGGGACCAGACGGACCUCAACCUCCUCCUACAGUGACAUCAAAACCUCUUUAUAUUAGUAUAAGCUCCCAAUGCCCUGUUCAGCUCAACCCACCAAGACUUGUUGCAAGGUACGACAGUCCUGUUUCAGUUAACUGUAGUGCUGCUGUCGCUCAUGAAGGGAUGGGAUGGGAAGCCAGUGAGGAAAGUGUACCCAUGAACGAUUUCAGUCUGAUCACCUGGAAUGUACAAAACCUGAGACAAUGGGACAUACAGCCAAUGUGCUUCAUCAUCUAUAAUGGAGACCAAUGUACAUCACCUCUCCCAAUCACUAUUUACAAGACUCCAGACAGUGUGUCCCUCAGCACAGUGGAUCACACAGGAUCAAUGAUUGAGGGCGAACAUUAUAAGCUCCAGUGUGACAUUCAGGAUGUGGCUCCUGUUAAAAGUCUAAGGGUGAAAUGGUUCAAAGGAGAGACUCAGGUGAAUCUCACCACCUUCAGUGACACCACCAGGUUUCCAGUGAAUGAAUCUGCAACACUCUUGAUCACUGCAAACAAAGCGGAUGAUGGAGUUCAGUACAGGUGUGAAGCAGAACUGGAACUGGGACCAGAUGGACCUCAAAGUCCUCCUACAGUGACAUCAGAACCUCUUAAUAUUAGUAUAAGCUCCCAAUGCCCUGUUCAGCUCAACCCACCAAGACUUGUUGCAAGGUACGACAGUCCUGUUUCAGUUAACUGUAGUGCUGCUGUCACUCAUGAAGGGAUGGGAUGGGAAGCCAGUGAGGGAAGUGUACCCAUGAACGAUUUCAGUCUGAUCACCUGGAAUGUACAAAACCUGAGACAAUGGGACAUACAGCCAAUGUGCUUCAUCAUCUAUAAUGGAGACCAAUGUACAUCACCUCUCCCAAUCACUAUUUACAAGAUUCCAGACAGUGUGUCCAUCAGCACAGUGGAUCACACAGGACCAAUGAUUGAGGGCGAACAUUACAAGCUCCAGUGUGACAUUCAGGAUGUGGCUCCUGUUAAAAGUCUAAGGGUGAAAUGGUUCAAAGGAGAGACUCAGGUGAAUCUCAUCACCUUCAGUGACACCACCAGGUCUCCAGUGAAUGAAUCUGCAACACUCUUGAUCACUGCAAACAAAGCGGAUGAUGGAGUUCAGUACAGGUGUAAAGCAGAACUGGAACUGGGACCAGACGGACCUCAACCUCCUCCUACAGUGACAUCAGAACCUCUUAAUAUUAGUAUAAGCUCCCAAUGCCCUGUUCAGCUCAACCCACCAAGACUUGUUGCAAGGUACGACAGUCCUGUUUCAGUUAACUGUAGUGCUGCUGUCGCUCAUGAAGGGAUGGGAUGGGAAGCCAGUGAGGGAAGUGUUCCCAUGACCGAAGACAGUCUGAUCACCUGGAAUGUACAAAACCUGAGACAAUGGGACAUACAGCCAAUGUGCUUCAUCAACUUUAAUGGAGAACAAUGUACAUCACCUCUCCCAACCACUAUUUACAAGACUCCAGACAGUGUUUCUAUCAGCACAGCAGAUGACAUAGUAAUGGAUGGAAAUCUGUACAAGCUCCAGUGUGAUAUUCAGGAUGUGGCUCCUGUUAAAAGUCUAAGGGUGAAAUGGUUCAAAGGAGAGACUCUGUUGAAUCUCACCACCUUCAAUGACACCACCAAGACUCCAGUGAAUGAAUCUGCAACACUCUUGAUCACUGCAAACAAAGCGGAUGAUGGAGUUCAGUACAGGUGUGAAGCAGAACUGGAACUGGGACCAGAUGGACCUCAACGUCCUCCUACAGUGACAUCAGAACCUCUCAGCAUUACUGUGCAAUAUAAGCCAGAAAUCAAAAUUUGUAAGGACUGGUCACCAGCGAUAUGGAGCUCAUUGGGUUCCUAUCCCUCAUCAUCCUCUGUUGUGGGUAACCCUCGCCCUAAAAUUUCUUGGAGUCAUGGAUCAUCAUCUGUCAGUGUCUCCAAGCAGCUCGACAAACAUGACUCUGGUCACUAUAAAAUCACUGCCAGUAAUAAACAUGGGAACUCCAGUUGUGUCAUAAGGAUUACACUAGAAUACCCUCCAGAGAUUAACUGCCAUGACAACUACCAAAUAAAAGAGAAAACGCUCUUUAAACCUCCUUGCUUGUUUGACGGAUCCCCAAAACCACAUGUUUUCCUCUACAAAGAUGAAAAAGCAAUCCAGCUUCCAUAUUAUCCCACAUGGAAUGAUAGUGGGUGGUAUCAUUUAACUGCAAGUAACAAAUAUAGAACGGUGCAUCAUAAUUUCACCAUCAACAUCCUGUAUGCCCCAAUGUUUGACACCAAUCAAGCUACAUUUUUUGUGGUAGAAGACAGUGAUAUAUCCCUAGAAUGCAACUCCACUGGUAACCCAGAACCUGAAAUGUGGUGGAGUUUUAACAAUAAGAACAUCUCCGCUGAGAGGCACCAUCGUCAAAUCACUUUAAACAUUCAGAAAGCCACGUUUACCAGUGCUGGAGUUUAUAAAUGUAGUGCCACAAAUGAAUUUGGACUCCAGGAGAAGAACUUCAUUGUGGAGAUAAAAGGCAACUUUCCCAUUAACAUAACAAUUGUAGUAGCACUUAUUGCAUUCACACUUCUUGCUUUGAUCAUCUUAUUUCUCUAUGGGUGGAAAAAGAGGAAAUCAAGUGGACAUUAUCAAAUACAGUCAGAGAAGCAGUAUGAAAUGUGUCUUCUGAGCAAUGGGGGGCCUAAAUGAGAUUUGAUCACUUCAUCAAAUGCCCUAACGUUGAACAAAAACAUUAUGUAAAAAAAUCACAUCAGAUGAUAAGAUAAAUACAUACAUACAUACAUACCCAGUUUUAAAUGUUUUUUUUUUUUUUUCAGAAUCCUCAAACAUGUUUCAUAAUUUCAUAAAAUUCCCUUAAAUUCACUCUUAUCACUGUAGUAAUUUCAAAGCAGAUGAUUGCAACACGCUCCAAAAAAGUUGAGUUGAGUGUUUACCACUGUGAAACAUCACCAUUUCUUCUUAUUAAGCAUUUCGGCACUGAGGACAAAAAUUUGUUAAGAUUAGAAAAUUGAAUUUUCUCCCCAUUCAUCCAUUAUGCAGAUCUUCAGCUGCACAAUUCUACGGGGUCUUCGUUGUCAUAUUGUUUGCUUCAUAAUGAACAAAACAAAACAAAUACAAAGAAAUUCACAAGCUAAAUCAUAAUGUGUAGUUGUAGUGUUUUCAAUUUAGUAAAGGGUGAAUAUAAUUUACAAAUCACUACUUUUAGUUUUAUUAGCAUUUUUCAUAUUGCCGCAACUUUGUUUGGAAUUGGGGUUGUACGUGAUUUGAUUGGUGUACAAAACAAAACAAAUGUAUUGGUUUUUUUCUUUUAAAUAAAUACACAAUUUAAAAUGCUUCUUUUCAGUGUAUUCUCAAAUAUGUUUCAUAGUGAGUGUACAGUAAUGCAAUGCAAUGCAGGUGUAAUGUAUAUCCUGAUCCUGUAAUUCUACUGUACAUAAUUUUGCACGAUUUCAGUUUUAGGUGUGUAAAACAAAGCAAAAUGUGUUGUUUUUUCUUAAUAAUAUUUAAAUACAUAAAAAUUUGCAAAUAUUUUGUUUCAAGGACGAGUACUGGUAAUUGUGUUGACAUGUUGUGUUAAUAAUUUAAUAAAG